UUGUCAUACACGACAUCUUACGGCGUAAAAUGAUAUCUUGUCAUGAUAACGAUUUAUAGCAUAUGGAUAGCAGUAUUGGCUUACCGCUCUCUACAAGCACAACAAAAACUUCACUAAUCAUGCAUUUUCCGUAUAUUUGACGAAAAGAAAGCAACAGAUAUAUCCCAAAUUAUGGAUAUUUUGAACCUAAUCAAAAUCCAGUGGCGUCGGUAGCUACCGUGGCUUUGUGCUUGUAUGAAAGUUAAAUCAUUCUUGGUGCCCCUUCCAGCUGAUAUAAUUAUAAUACACAAGCAAUGAUAGCUGCCAAUAUGCAAUCAAGGACAAAUAUAAAGUCAUAUAUUAAGUAGCUACUCAGCCAUAAGCCAAAUACCAUGCGUUAUCCAGCGCUGUGCUGUGUGUCUCUCUUCAUAAAUUAUUGUCUGGUUAUCGCUUUACCUGAGAAAGAUUGGUCAACACAGUACAAGAAUUAUAACAAGGAGUUUCAUGUUCUCCUUGAAGCUGAAGAUUUGAAAAUGUAUGAAUUCAAUUCAGCUUCAAUCAGAAAUUUCACAACUUUCAAAUUUUACAAUGGUUCUCUUAUUGUUGGUGCGCGAAAUUCAAUAUUAACCAUGAACAUCACGGCAGCAAGUAUUCAGAAUGUUACGGAAAUAAAUUGGACGCCAGCCCAAUCUCAACAGAGAGAUUCUUGUAUCCUUUCUGGUACUCCGGAGGAUGAAUGCCACAAUUUUGUCAAGGUUUUAGCUUUCUCUAAAAAUAAGCUACUCACUUGUGGUACAAAUUCACAUUAUCCAACAUGCAUGUGGAGAGAGAUCGACACUCUUCAAAAGGUCAGUGGGACGAUACCUUUUUCUGGCCAAGGACUUAUCGACGCCAAUCCCCAUGCGAAAUCAAUAUCCACAUUUUCAGACGAUGGAAGAUUGUUCUCUGCUGUCCCAAUGGGGUUUGGAGGAAAUGACAAACGAAUUUUGAAUACAGAAUUUGACAGCUUUCAGAGUUUCCGAGUGCUCCAUACUAAACAAAAUAAUCCAUACUGGCUGGAUGAUGUUGUCUUCCAUCAAAGUUUUUCAAUUGGGAAAUACGUUUACUUUUUCUUUGAUGAAUUUGGCUUGGAAUGUGCUGACUGUGAUCCUCUGCGGUUCUCGAGAGUUGCAAGGAUUUGCCAGGGUGAUGAUGGUGGAAAUACUGUAUUGAACUGGGUGAAUUUUGUCACUUUUCAAAAAGCAAGAUUAAACUGUUCAUCAAUAGGAAAAUAUCGAUAUCAGUUUAAUUCUAUGAGAGAUAUAUACUGGGAUGCGCAAAAAGAAACAUUUUAUGGGAUAUUUUCAAUGGAAAAUAGUCCUGAACAAACGAUGUCAGCGGUUUGCUCGUAUUCAUUGAGCGAUGUUGAAAAAGUUUUCUCUGGAGAAGUCAAGUACAAAGAUGGGAAGGUUUGGAAAAAGAUAAAGAAUCCGAGCCACAUAAAGGAGUGUACUGUAGAUCAAAGUGCCCUUAGAUCGUCGUUUUCGUCCAGUAAAGAUAGAAUGAAGACACGGUCGAUGACUAUGAAAGCCCUAAAGGACCAAAACAAAUGUAUCUUGGCCUCGGAUGUCGUUCAAACACGAACAAAAACAACGCCAUUUUAUUUGGACAAUAUCAGUUUUGAAAAAGUUGUUGUUAUAACGAUUUAUCCACCGAGUCCUAACUCCAGCAGGUCAAAUAAGACAGAUAUCUGGUAUAUAACAACAGAUCGAGGGACUAUUUUAAAACUUGGAAAAAUUCCUUCUGUUGGUGAAUUUUGUAUUUUUGAAGAGUACAAACCAUAUUCGGAUAAUGGAAUGAAUAAGACAGAGCAAAUAAAGGAAAUGAUCCUCUCUCCUGAAAAGAAUUAUCUUGUCAUUGGAUCAAACAACAAGUUAAUUCGUUUAUCAUUAGCAAACUGCGACAGAUAUUCAAGCAAAAGAUCGUGUCUAAGUGCGCAAGAUCCUAUUUGUGGCUGGAGUGCGAUCGACAACAAAUGCCUCAGCUGGGAUAAGGGGAAAGCAGGUGACUGGGAACAAAAUUUUACGUCUUGCAAAGAACGGAUGCAACGGGAAGCUGAAUGGUCAGCAUGGUCUGAAUGGUCUGAAUGUGAAAAUUCUGAUGGUAAUUUAUGUAAAUGUCGCAGAAGAACUUGUUUAUUUGCUCGAUUAUCUUAUCAAUGCCAAGGAGAGGAUAAUGAACUAACAAACUGCACAGCUGAUAUAUCGACCCUAACAAAUAAGAAUCAAUGGUGGGUAUAUGGUGCUAUACACGGAGGAUGGUCAAAUUGGUCAGAAUGGACUGAAUGUUUGCGUGGGUAUAAAAAUAGAACAAGAACUUGUUCGAAUCCAGUGCCGGCCAAUGGGGGCUUACCAUGUACUGAAACUAACAUGGAGUAUGAAUUAUGUGAGCCUACCAGAUGGGAUGAAACUGAAACGAGUCUCUGGACAAGUUGGACAAGAGUUCGAGGUCCGGAAAGAAGAAUCACGAGGUUUAAAAUAUCUUGUAAUUCAACGUCAGUUGUUACGAAAAGUUUACAACUGAAUGUAUUACGUAAUGAAACAAAGAAUUGCACCAAAGAGCUUUGUAUUGAUCCUCCUAAAGUGAAAAAGAGACUUCGUGUUCUUACAAACUGGAGUUCAUGGUUGUAUUGCAAUGCAACAACUGAAAGACUUCGCACACGUCAUCUUUGUAUUAAAAAUAUAUCAAAUCACUAUUGGACAUGCAAUGAAUUUGGCGUGGAAAGCAUAGAUCGACCUGUUACAACUAGAGCAACAUCGACUUCCAGGCCUACAACGGAUCCAUCAACACUUGAUUCCACCACUACUACUAAACAAGUUAGUUCCGAAUCUACCACAGUCGAAAUAACGACAAAAUCUCAGACAAGUCCUACAAUAACUACAACAAAACCAAGUACAUUACCAAAUACACCAAAUAUUGAAUGCAAGACAACUACGCCUGGGACAGAUCCUACUGGUUCAAAGACAUCUAAAGAUGGCGGAUCCAGUACGACCUCAACUACGCUAAUUACAACAGAAAAUGCUACCACAAGCUCAAUUGAAGAUACUACUGGUUUGGUAUCAACAUUAGCUACUGAAUUAACAACUCCUUCAGGUAAACCAGAUAUUUCCACAAAAUCACAGGAGUGGUCCCCCUGGUCAGUUUGUUUGUGCAGUCAUGACGUCAUUUUAUCGAACAGAUCGCGUGGUUUGCAACAUAGAACUUUAGGACAGAAGACUGAAAAUUCUCAUGCUCAAUACAGAAGUUGCCCAUGCGAAGCUGUUCACGCUACAACUACAAUUGAACCAGAUAUUAAAGUCAGACACAAAGACUCUGGUGAAUAUUCCCUUACAAUGCUAAUUAUAAUUGUCAGUAUUUGUUCAGUCAUCUGCAUUAUAAUCACUAUCGUCCUUGCGGUUGUUUGGCAUAAUAAAAGAACUAAAAGUAAAAAGCUAAAUAACAAUCGCAAAUUUGGCAGAACAAGAGACAAAUAUGUACCAGUAAAUGGUUAUACAACAACUGGCGUGUGACCAAAAUAUUCCUAUAGCCUCAUUUACGACUUGUUGUUGCUUCAAGUUCACACCAAGAAGAUUUUAUCAUGUAGAAACUUUUAUCUAUAAUGCACUUGUAUAAAUUAGCAGGUUUUUUAUAUACUACUAAUAACUGAGUUUCUGUCGGCCAGACUAUUCGCUAGAUAGCAAUGACAAUGCCAAUUUUUUAAAACCUAAUGACAAUGUUUUAAGACCUAAAAAAACAAUAUACUCCUAAUAUUUUAGGUUUAUAGAUGGUAUUAUAUUGUAUGUAAUAUGUGAAAUCUUCUAAAUUUAAUUUAAGCUAAUUCAGUUUUCUGUUUUAAGAAUUUUUAUUGUACUUUAGUACAGAAUGCAUGAUAUAUUUUAAAUGUAAAUUAUGAACAGUUUCCAUACAACAGUUUUGUCGCAAGACAAUGUAUAUAUUAGUUACGAUAAAAAUGAAUAUAAU